CCACAUUCCCCAGCGCACAGUAAGCGCAAAGACCAGAGCCCCAUCCUCCCAUUCAUAAGCAAGGCUGAGCCAGCCUGCUUCUCAGCUGUUCCGGCGAGAGCAGACAGGAGGGAUACCUUUCGGCUUGCGAAGCUUCUGCGGACCAGGUGAAGUAACGACGCAAGCCAAGCUCCACCACCUUAUCAAGACAGGAAUUUUAAUCUGGGUUUUGCGCACCUGGAAUGGAAGCCUGAGGACCUCCCAGGACCCUGCUCAUGACCUCCCGAAGGCACUACACUUUGCCACGAACUCUAAUGACUCCUCGCCUGUAUUCCGAAGGGGCGCUGGGUGGCAUUGCCCAAAUCACCCCCUUCCUGUACAUCAGUAAGGGAAGCGUCGCCUCCAACAGGCAGCUCCUCCUGGCCCGCGGAAUCACAUGCAUCGUCAACGCCACCAUCGAGCUCCCCAAUUUCAACUUCCCCGAGUUCGAGUACGUCAAAGUGCCUGUAGCUGACAUGCCGAACGCCCCCAUCUCCUUGUAUUUUGACAGCGUGGCCGACAAGAUCCAGAGCGUGGCACGGAAGCAUGGCGUGACCCUGGUCCACUGCGCGGCUGGCGUGAGCCGGUCGGCCACCCUCUGCAUCGCCUACCUUAUGAAAUACCAGAAUGUCACCUUGUUGGAGGCUUACAACUGGGUGAAGUCCAGGCGCCCGGUCAUCCAUCCCAACGUGGGUUUCUGGAGGCAGCUCAUAGACUACGAGCGGGAGCUGUACGGGAGGAACACCGUUAAAAUGGUACAGACUCCGUACGGCAUAAUGCCAGAUGUUUACAUGAGGGAGAGAAGAACCUUCGUGCCUUACUGGGGGAUCUGAAGGGAGUCGGGCAAGGAGCAGAAAGAACAAGGUCUUUCAAACCAGUCACGAUGGAGAGAGUUAACGGUCUCUCCUCGAGGUCCACUUCUUCGGUUCCUUUGUGAGACAGCAUUUUUAUUUUCAGAGCACUAAACCAGCAACCCCCAUAAUCUGGGGGGCCUUAAUCCUAAUGUCCCGUGGAGUGAAUGCUGUAGCUACUUUGGUGAAGAUAUACAGCAUCCACAAAACGAAACCGCAAGCCCAGUUCGACAAUAUACAUAAAUGAAGCCAAGCACAUGAAAAACGGCGGAAAACGUGACUCAAGUAUUGUCCGGCAAUGCAGUAGCUUUUUGUUUUUCUUCCCUUCCUUGUUACACCAGUUUGUUGGCCAAAAAAGCCUCAUCAGGAGAAGAGUGGACCUUUCCUUUUUCCAGAGGAAAGAUUACUCUAUAAUGUUAGGUUAAAAAAAAAAAUA